AUGAUGCAGCUUAACCCCCAGUUCGACGCCAUCGGCAAGCAAUUUGUUCAGCAUUACUAUGCUACGUUCGGGACUCAGCGAGAGAAGCUGGCUGAACUCUACACCGAUCAAUCGAUGCUGACGUACGAGAAUGAGCAGUUCCAAGGCGUUGCCGCGAUUUUGGGGAAGUUGCAAAAGCUUCCAGUAGUGGUGAAGCACAGCGUCAUCACCUGCGACUGCCAACCAACUCCUAACAAUGGAAUCGUUGUCCUCGUGUCCGGCGAUUUGGCGAUUGAGGACAACCCUCCAAUGAAAUUCUGUCAAACAUUCAAUCUGGUUCCUAACGGCGGAGGCGGUUAUGCAGUAUUCAACGACAUUUUCAGACUGUGCAUCGGCUAA